ACCAGAGGCAGAUCCGUGGGCCGGACGCGCCAUCCGCCCGGCACAGGGUACGGAACGAGGUUGUUCCAAAACGGACUGCCAGACCUCAUUCCAGGAAUUCGGUUUUCUACAACAUGUACCCGACCAGAGGCAGAUCAGUGGGCCGGACGCGCCAUCCGCCCGGCACAGGGUACGGAACGAGGUUGUUCCAAAACGGACUGCCAGACCUCAUUCCAGACCCCUAUGCCAUCCAAGCAGGGACUUAUGUCCAGCGCAUGCAGAUGUACGCGCUACGCUGUGCUGCAGAGGAAAACUGUCUGGCUAGGUCGGCGUAUGCGCCCGGCAUUCGAGACAUCGACUUCAGGGUGCUUCUGCGAUUCCCUCAGAAAGUGAAGAACCAAGGGACUGCAGACUUUCUCCCUCUCAAGCCCAGAUAUCAGUGGGACUGGCACAGCUGCCAUCAGCAUUACCACAGCAUGGACGCCUUCAGUAACUACGACCUGCUGGACAUGGUUUCUGGACGUAAAGUGGCCGAGGGGCACAAAGCCAGCUUCUGCCUGGAGGACACGGGCUGUGACCCUGGAAUCAGGCGGCGCUACGCUUGCACAUCUCACACACAGGGACUGAGCCCAGGAUGCCACGACACUUACGCCGCCAACAUCGACUGUCAGUGGAUUGACAUCACCGACGUCCCUCCAGGAAACUACAUCUUACAGGUUACAGUCAAUCCCAGUUUCCACGUCCUGGAAUCUGACUUCACCAACAACGUUGUGAGGUGCGAGAUCAUAUACACGGGCGUUUACGUUCAGACACGUGGCUGUCGAAUAACAAGGUCUUGAAAAUCCUAAACUCCUGCAUCAGCUCCCGGAUGUCUGCAGCAGAACGUCUGCUCUGUACUGGAUUCUGAUAUUGAAACAAAAAAAUGGCCACUGGUGAAGUUUGCAUGGUAGAUCUAAACUUAAGGAAAAAAAAUCCUCUAUCAGUAAUUUGUGUAAAAUUUUGUGAAUAAAACUAGUGAGUUCAUAAGAAUCGCUUGCAUAUGCAUUUCCAAAGAUCUGCCAUGAUUCAUUGCAUACAGAUAGAAAAUCCGAGUACUGUCACCUGCUUUUCAGAUAUUGUUUAAUUGCUUUAAAUCUUUGUUUUGUUGCUUUGUUCUUAGCCCUGUCCCAUUCUUGUUUAGCUCUGCUUCGAGUUACGUGCACAGCGUUAGUUGGAUACUUUAACUGGUGUCAAUGAAACCUGUGGAAAGUUCUGAAACCAGCAGCAUUUUGGUCGGGCUCCAUCUUCCAGGCUGGACGACUGUCAAGAGAACGUUGUUUAGUCUGAACCCAACGCCGGUGAAAACAAUCUUAGAACCCUCCAAGAUCCGUCCACAGAUAUGCAGUUUGGUUUAUUUAAAAAGCUGCAUGCAUCAGAGUGCUGAAACAACUUCUGAGUGUUAAUUCUGGCAUAUGCUGCACAAACAUGGCAGCCUGGUGGUGGAUGCGGGCUCAACCAAAAGUAGCUGUGAUAAUGAAGGAAUGUCCGGUUUAAACAGAGUAACUCAAUACUUUUAGGGAAUAUCAGGUUUUUUGGUAGAAUCACUUCACUGUUUCUCUUGAGACUUUUCUCAGUACAGAAAACACACAAUAUCCUGGGACUUUUCCUUUAAACCUCACAUCUGAUUUAUCAUUUACUUGUGCAGGUACAGUCAGAAAUUUACAUACACCCAUCGUCAUCAUGCCUGUGAUUGAUUUGGGCUUUUGAUUAUUUAUUAAAACUGUUCGGUAAAUAACAUAGAAUAGUAGAUCCACAACGCAAAGCUUUGUGUUAUGUGUGGGCACCAAAACAAGAAGGCGUGGCACAUUGCACAGGAUUAAAAAUGAUUGUGACGUCUAACUUGCGUGUUUUACUGUUUUGAUCCAGCACCCAGUCUAGCUGAUUGGUCAAUAUGAGGAUUACUGUAUUGGGAUGCUAAAAAAAGAAACAUCUGCAGUAGGGUUUAAAACAAUAAUAGGAGGCACAAAUUUGAAACAGAUAUUAAUUAACCCAUCAAAAAAAAUAAAAUAAUACAUACAGCCUCUGAUAUACCGCAUGCAUAAACCUCCACUAGCACAUUGAUAAACCUUCCUUAGCAAGUUGCACCUUGACCACAGCCUUGUUGUUGCCAUUAAAGAGGCCCAGCAUAAUACUGGAUUUAUUCAUUCCACGUCCAUAGCUGCAAAUUUCCAUUCUGACUGAAGGUGUAGAUUAGGGGUGUCGGACUCCGGGAAGUGUCCUCCAACUUUUUGGUAAUGCAUUUCACAGUCUGGGUGCCACAGCUUGGAAAGAUCGGUCCCCUCCAGUUCUGAAGCGAACAGACUCCUGAUAAUUACGUAGUUAUUUGAUCAAAACCAAGGUUUUUUUCACGGUCAUCACCCUCUCGUCAGUGUUUAAAUGGCUUUGCUGCGGAAAGAGACACUGGUGAUGCAUCAUUUUUGAGUUCAUGGCAAACUAAAGCCUUUUUGGUACUUGAGGUGUUCCUAGUCAGUGUGACUAGUUUCCUUAUAGAAUAUUCACAAACGAUAGUUUGGAUUAGAUAGUUGAUACUAUGAAAUGAAUAAAUUAGGCUAGCAUUAAGAUUCUGGAUUAGCCCAGCCCCAGACCUCUGAUCUACAGAAAAUAUAUGAACCAGGACACCCAACCUAUUAUGCCUAUCAAGAAAAGUGGACAGACAUCCAUGCAGAACUGCACCAGAAGCUUUUUGGCAACAAAUAAUUUAGAUUAGGUUCUAGUUUGAUGGGGGCAUUCACCAAAUAUUAGUACAUUGUAUAGGUAUAUUUGAGUCUGACUUUAACCAAGCAUGAAUUAAAGAGAAUCCAUAAUAAAUUCAAACAUGUGCACCCAAUUCUUGUUUUAAAAAAUUAAACAAAGCACUAGUGUUUAAUUGUUUUAUCUCUCUAAAAGAACUGCUCAAAUAAAUCUUUAAAAGCCCCAAAUUAAAGACGUUCAUGGGAAUACUGAGUGAACGUGAAUCUUCUUGACUGAAAUACAUGCGUGAUGUGCGCAUGUUGGACAGGAUGGAGUUUUUGCAGACUUUUUAUGUUAAUAGAAUAUUGUUGAAAGCCUGAUACAGUUACAUUUAAACCAAUGCGUUUUGUUGAACUUUGAAUUUGUAAGUGCAACAUUUUGCUUCUGACUAAAGGUGAAGUAAAUUGGUUGAAUCAAA